CAUUUUCACGGUCUACUGGUACUGGGCGGUCUCUACUCUCAAAACCCCCCAAAAAAGUCUUUACAGUUUAUGCAAGAAUCAGAGAAAAUGGAGUCCUUGAAGAAGGCUUACGCGGAGAUAAUACUCAACACUGCGAAAGAGGCGGCCGCUAGACUGAUGCUAUCGGAGCGUAAAGCACUUGGUUUCGAGCAGGAACUGCGUAGCGCCAAAAACGAAGCCCUUCGAUUGCUUUUGCGCAUGAAGCAGAUGAUCGAUUCCAAGCAAAUGAAAAUUGAUGAGCUUGAAGCACAGCUCCAGGAGGCCGAGGAAGUCAUUACAGAUCUCAGAGCAGAGUUGUAUAGUGUGCAGGAGAGAUUGGAGAAAGUGAACAACGAACAAGCACCGCCUAUGAAUGGACAAUUCUCUAGGAAAGAUGAAUCUUCUGCUAGAAGUCCAACAACUAUACCUAUUGUACCUUCUGCAGUUUCAUUGUUUGAUAGUACGACAACCUCUGACAUGAAAGAUGAAACAUUAAAUCCAAGUGUUUUGGACAGUAAUUGCCGUAACAGAAAUGGAUGUGCCCAGAGAAUACGUGCAUUUGAAGGAAAUUCACUGGAUGAAAGAGAGCCUCCUGAAAUGAAGAAUGAGUUGAUCAUGAAAACUAGCGACAAGGAUGAUGGAAAGUGUGUUAAACUUGCUCCCGCAAGCCAGAAUAUGCAAACAAGGGAACACUUUUCUUCUGAGGUGAGAAAACUUGGUAAAGCCCGUAAACCGAAAAAGAGAAAAGCUCGAUUUGGUAAAGCAAAAGCUGCCUCAUGCAAGUCUCGUCCAAAGCAGUUCUUGAAACCUUCUCAACCGUCUUUUAUUGAUACCCUCCGUGAAACAACUAAUUUAAAUCUUAAGCCUCAUGAGAAGGCAUGUUCUAUAGCCUCUACCAAUACUAACAACACAGCUACGACCAGAAAUUCUAAUGGUUUGGAGGCAAAUUUGCAGUGUGCAAGCAACUGCUUGAGAGACGAACGUGACAUAUUCCAUGAGGGGAAAAUAAAAAGGGAAGUGCGGAGCAUGGAUAACAUUUCUACCUCAAUCAUGAAACAUCCUGAUCAUCUCUCUGAAAUUUGUCAACCGUCUUCUGUUCUCACCCACUGCAAGGCUUAUGCCUUUUCGCUCAAAGGUAAAGUCAUGUCUGGUGAAGAUCAGUCAAAGAUUAAGGAGAAUGAGGUUAAGAUUAAGCCAUUUCCCUCAUUAGAUCCUGGGUUGACGCUGAUUAAAAGCGACAUAGAUCCUAUAUCUGGCUCUAGGAAUGUUACUGUGAGCAUUAAGGCUUUAAAUACAUCUGGAGUUGCACAAAAUGCCUCUAAAAGAGACUCAGACUUAAACGAUAGUUCUUUGGUGACAGAGGAAGGUGAAACCCUGUUCAUAAAUGAGGAAGGUGAUGCUGCUGUAAAUUUAGCUGGUCCAUGUUCUGUGUCAAAUUCUGAUGUGGUUAAUGUGCCAUCAACAAAUUCUGACUUGGAAGAUGCCAGAUCAUCCAAACCAAGUGAUGGAUCUCAUGGUCAUGCAGAAAACAUUGAGCUUCUUAGAUAUACAAGAAAACGCAAGAAGGAAUCUUUGAGCAGCACUGAUAAAAUCAGUUCUCCUGAAGAGACUACGAACUCAAAGAGGAGUGUUAGGGACGAAAAAAAUGGUUCACCUGAGCUGGAGAAACCUACCUUGUUUACUGAAUCAUCUAGGGACAAUAGGAGACUGGCUCUGGUCGCUCAUCAGCUUAUUUCUUUAUCUGGGAAAAGAUGGUGAAGUUCAAUGGUACAUGUCAAAUCUAGAUUGUUCAUGUUGGGCAACCUGUAGAACACAACUUUUUGUUGUAGUUCUUGGUAACAUUUUUUAUUUAAUAGACGACUCGCGUGGCUGGCUGCAAUACAAGAAGAUAGAGAGGUUGCCAUUGGUAACUCGAGAUCGUUGUUAGAUAUCCAAAUUUAAUUUCUUUUUUAAGUUGCUGUCUCAAGCUCAACUCUAUGGCCAUCAUUCUUGAUGCUGUCUUUUAUCAAUUAUAUCAUAUAAUUUUCAAUAGCUGCCUGAUCAACUGUGAAGCUCUUGAAGCCACAGAAUUUAUCAUAAUACAAUGACAAUGCUUCCAAAUAUUUAAUAAUGAUGUAAUAUAUGUUACUGAGA